AAGAAGAUACUAUUAAGCAAGUAGGAGAUACUAAAGAACAAGCAAUAAAGAGAUUUCAGCAUCUAGAGAAAAGAUUAAAUAAAGAUUUACAAUUAAAAGAUGAAUAUACAAAAGUUAUAAAAGAAUAUAUCGAUUUGGGUCAUAUGAAAGAGCUUGAAGAUCAGAAUGACUGCAAUACAAUUUAUCUACCUCAUCAUGCGGUAGUAAGACAAGACAAAGAUACUACGAAGGUUCGAGUAGUCUUUGAUGCAUCAGCAAAAGGUUCUCAAGGGUAUUCCUUGAACGAUACAAUGUUGGUUGGUCCUGUAAUACAACAAGACCUUCGAAGUUUAAUUAUCACAUGGAGACAACAUUAUAUUUGUUUUGUCGGUGAUAUAAUGAAGAUGUAUAGAAUGGUGAAGAUGUCCGAGGAACACACAAAAUUACAAUGCAUCGUUUGGCGAGACAAUUCAGAUGAAAUAUUAAAAAGUUACCAAUUAACGACUGUAACAUUUGGAACGGCUGCAGCUCCAUUCCUAGCUGUAAGAACUCUAUUAAGGUUAGCCGACGAUGAAUGUUCUAGUGACAUUAAGUAUUCUGAAGCUAUGAAAGCAAUAAAAGAGUCAUUUUACGUUGAUGAUUUAAUGGGGGGUCAUGAAGAUGUAGAGAAGGCAAAAAAGUUAUGUGUUGACAUUAAAGAGAUAUUAGAAAAAGGCGGUUUCAAAAUAAAAAAAUGGUCAAGUAAUUCUGAAGAAGUACUACAACACAUUCAAGAAAACAACAAAAUUGAAGAUUCAUUGGAAAUUAAAUUAGACAAAGUUAUUAAAAUCUUAGGACUUACUUGGGAUCGAAGAGAAGAUGCAUUUAAAAUAACAGUUAACUUACCUUUACUUACCUAUCCUAUAACAAAAAGAUCUAUCCUGUCUGACAUUGCCCGUUUAUUUGACCCUUUUGGGUGGUUAUCUCCUGUCAUCAUCAUAGCAAAAACUUUUAUACAAAAGCUAUGGGUAGUGCUAUCUUGGCUUCAAUCUCAGCCGGGUAGAUGGCACACAUUCGUCGCCAACAGAGUGGCAGAAAUACAAAGAUAUCUUAAUAGUAGCAAGUGGAAUCACGUACAAUCAUAUGAAAAUCCAGCUGACGUUGCCUCCAGAGGAGUAAAAUCCAGUGAACUUAACAACAUUGAGUUAUGGUGGAAUGGGCCAGAAUGGCUUAAACAUGAAAGAAUACAAAUCUUAAGAAAUUAUUCUAUACCUCAGACCUAUGAAGAAGAAAAAGAAGGAAGUGAAAUAGAAGGUUUUUAUCAUACCAACAUAUUACAGGAAGACGAAAAACCAAUAUGGGAACGAUUUUCAACCUUAAACAGAUUGAAAAGAGUUAUAUCGUACUGUAUGAGAAUGAAGAAAGGAAGCAAGAAGUUACAUAUAACAACCGAAGAAAUGGAAAAUACAUUACAAAGGUGUGUUCAUUUUUAUCAAGAAAGAAUAUAUCAAAAGGACAUAGGAGACUUGAAGAAAGAAAGAAAAGUCAGACCCAAAAGCUCACUGUCAACAUUGUGUCCUUUUCUAGAUGGUAUAUUAAGAGAAGGAGGAAAACUGCAGAAUGCAGAAAUUUCUGAAGUUAUUCAACAUCCAAUUAUUUUAUCUCAACAAGUGUAAACGUUUCGACGUUACUAGCAUAAAUAGAAGCAUGUCUAAACUCCCGCCCCAUAUACCAAAAGAGAAAGAUUUCAUGUAAUCUGCAUGAUAUUUUUUAUUAAUACAGUCCACUAUUCGAAAGGAAGUUUUUCAAGUAUUGUUACAUUUUUUUAUAAGGUUAAUAAGCAUUGUUAUUUUUUGUAUAAAGUUAAGUAAGAAGUUUAAGUUCAAUAUAAUA